AUGGGCAACAGCCUCCGGUGUUGCUUGGCCUGCGUCCUCCCGUGCGGUGCCCUCGACGUGGUCCGCGUCGUCCACCUCGACGGCCAGGUCGAGGAGUACAGCCGCCAUGUCUCCGCCAGGGAGGUCCUGGCGGCGAACCCCAACCACGUCCUCACCAACCCGCGCACCCAAAGCGUCGUGCGUCAGAUCCUGAUCGUGUCGCCGGACUCGGAGCUCAAGCGGGGCCACUUCUACUUCCUCGUGCCCGCCUCGACGUUGCCGGAGCAGAAGAAGAGGAGCCGGCACACCUCGUCGCCCGUGACCAGGUCACAGAGCGACGAUAAUUAUCCGACCGGGAUCCUCUCGGAGAAGAGAUCCGUCCAUCGUCGCCGCCGAAACGGCCGGGUCGGAGUCUGGCGACCGCAUCUCGAGAGCAUCUGCGAAGACUCGUGA